GCACUUCUAUGUUUGUCAGACUCAAAUCCGAGGGAGCGGAGCUAGCCGCCAUUUUCUAAGCGUCUCUCCCUAAAACGAGAGAAAAAGCCCCGCGUCAAACUGCCAUCUGGACUACAUUUUGCGCACUGGGAAUCUGGAUUUUUUGGUAAACUACUAUCGUACAAUCGCCUACAUUUGUAGUAACGGGGGUAGAAAGGACCGUUUUACGGCCUUGACUUACAUUCGCUGUGGCGGCGAGGCGAGUUAGCUGCCGAGAAAGGUGUAGAUCGUUGAUUCGCCCAUUGCUUGAAUCCGGAACGAACCCGAGAGGCUCUGUGAAGCGGGCCUCUUUUGGCAAACUGGCAGCAUUUUUGAUUUAUUAAUGGCAGAGUGAUCGAACUGCUCCGUGUUUUUUGUGUUAGCACGUUUGUUUUUUCCACCAUAAACUGCAGGGGAUUGUUGCCGAAAUUCCCUCGGAUAGUGCAACCUCGUCACGUGGCUGUCCUCAGGUGGGGCAGUAAGCGGGUGGUGUGGAGCAGGCCGUGGUGCCCGUCUCUCUGCACUGCAUGGCUGCGAUGGCGCCCGCUCUCACCGACGCCCCAGCCGAAGCUCACCACAUCCGCUUCAAACUGGCUGCCCCAUCCUCAAGUCUGUCACCGGCCAGUGCUGAGAACAACGGCAACACCAGCAACAUCCUCAUCCACAGCAGCGGCCCCGCUAAGUGCAAGGCCGUUUCCGAAGAGUGCCCUCUUGAUUUUUGUGGCGGCAACCAGGAACAACAGCAACAGCAGCCAACAGACUCCAUUGCCCAGGCCCCAGCCCUGGGCAAACUCCAGCCACUGGUGGCUUCUUACCUAUGCUCUGAUGUGACACCUUCAACUAAGGAGUCAAUCAAGCUGCAAGGAGUCCUCAUCAAACAGUCUGUGUUGAAAAGUCACAGGAUACUGCCCACUUCCCUACUCAACGGCGGAGACUUCCUGUUGAGGAAGAGGCAGGCAAUUGAACUCUCUGACAGCCAGCUCAAAAGCCUCAUGAGUGGCAGCACCAACGGUGGUGGCCAGCCCAUGGCACCUGUCAAUGGCCUGGCCAAAAAGCUGGCCACUAUGUCAGGCUCUGGCUGUGUAGUGACAGUGAAUGGUGACAAACCCUCUGCCACCACAGACCCUCAGUCACAGAACCUGUCCUUGGACACAGCUACCUUAUCAGGCCAUAUCUCGGUGAAAGGAACCCUUAAACAGAAGCAUUCCUCUGGGCUUUCUCAAGGUACAGAUGGAAAAAAUGUUGAACCAUCAGUGCUUCAGUCUACUGCACUUUCCCCCUUUCCCCAUGACAACCCCAACUCCAAUGAACAAGUGAAUUUAGAGGAGACUGAUUCACACAUGUCAGUCAGUCAGCCUCAGGGCUCUGAUAGGGAGAAACCAGGUAGUAGCCUGCAGGGACCCCUAUCUUGCACACCUGCACCACAGACACCUCUACCCUGUAGUUCUUCCUCGGACAGCCUUGAUGUUCACGUUAGGGAGCGCACACUUCUCAACAGCAGCCGCCAAGCUGAGAUUGAAAGUCGGCUAAGGCGUUUGCGCAAACGUCUGCAGGUGGUACAGGCCAAGCAGGUGGAGCGUCACAUUCAGCAGCAGUUAGGUGGCUUCCUGGAUUCAGCUCUCAGCCGGCUACUGGCUGGUAACCGCAAAUCUGAGUCAAUGACUCCCACAGCGACAUGGAGAACUGGACGCCACUCUUCUUCAAACAGCAGAGAUGGUCUCAGUCGCUUCCUGAAAAGUGGCUCCAUGCCCUUGGAAUUGGAGAGGCUGUAUCUAAGUGGAACAGCCAACCUUCAUUCAGCAGAAGUUGCCUUUGACUCAGAUGUAACAGAAAGCAGCUCUGGAGGGGACUCUGACCUGGAGGAGGAGGAGCUGGCAAGAGUGGACAUUGAACAGCGUCAUGUCAAAAUAUGGAAGCGAGCAGAGAGCCGUUACACUGUGGAGAGAGCUGCAAUCAUCAGCCACUGGAACUGGCUCCAGGCUCACAUCUCAGACUUGGAGUAUCGCAUCCGACAGCAGACCGACAUAUACAGACAGAUCCGUGCCAGCAAGGGCUUGGUAGAGUUGGGAGGUGUUGCCCCCAGUGCUGUGCCUGCAGUUGGGACAGAAGUGAAAACAGAGCCUGCCAGUAGUCAGGAUGUUGGUUCAGAACGGCUCGAGCACACAGGUACCGCCCACAUCACCAACACAGAGGGUGGCCCUUGGAAAGGUCAAAACGGUCAGCCAGUUAACGGUGUCCUCAGCAGGAUGGCAGAGAGUGCAGACACCAAGCAUCAGCAGCCAUCGGCGAGUGACGGCACAUGUGUGGCUGCACGGACACGACCACUUGUCAGCUGCCGAAGACGGCGGCUCAUUCAGCCGAACACUGUGCCCAACCUCAAUGGCAAGGCCCAGAGAAGCAGUUCUACCCAGUGCAACUGCAGGGUAAACCCCAGCUGUGUGAUGUGUGGUGGCCGGCCCACCCCCAAAGAAGACCCUCAGUAUGAACUACCCACCCUGGAACGCCUGUCAAGACUGGAUCUUGGCAUCCACCCCAUCCUCUCCUUCCCUGACGACGUUUGUAUAGGCCUGCGUCUGCAGCAGGUGAUGAAGAGCCAGUGGCAGACCAAGUCUCUGGAGAGGAGCAAACCACUGAAGAAGCUCUCCCUCAAACACAAGCUUUCCUCAUCCAAAGAGAAGCACAAGUUUGCCAACUCACUUAUGGCAGUCAGUGUUGCAGGACUGGGGCAUUAUAAGAACCGUGCUGAGAAGCCGAGGACAGUGGACAGCAGUGUGGGCAGCAGCAGUGCUGUGCUGAACGCACCCCGGCUUGAGGGCCAGGCCAUGUGCAAGACUGAGCAGCUGCAGGCUCUGUCCACCUCCUUAGGGCCCUAUGACAAGAACUAUAGCCGCAAGAGAUUGAGAGAGCCCUCGCUGGAUAGAACUGACACCUCACCGAAACUUUUCAUGGAGUCAGCCAGCACCUGCCCGACCCUGACCAACAUGCACUCGUCCCUUCACAGCCCCCUGACACGCCAGCUGUCCACGUCCUCAGAGAACAACAUGCCGCUGAACUCCAGCAGCCAGAGCGUACCCAGUACACCUCUGCAGCCCAUCAAGAGGAGAAGAGGCGAAAGCUCCUUUGACAUCAACAACAUAGUGAUCCCGAUGUCUGUGGCAGCCACCACCAGAGUCGAAAAGCUACAGUACAAGGAGAUUCUCACACCCAGUUGGCGAGUUGUAGACAUCUUCUCUCAGCCUAUAACUGAAGAGGAGAACGAACGGGAGGUGGAGGACCUGUCAGACGCAGCAUUCAUUCAGCUCCAUCAGCCCUAUGAAGAUCAGGAGCGCAGUCGCUGGACAUGGAUGGCCUUCGCUCCUGCGAAGAGGAGGGGCAGCAGGUCGUACAAGUCUGUUGAUGGGCGCACAACGCCGUUGCUGUGCGGGACCAACCCUCCCACCCCUCAGCCUGCGUCCCCAGACCCCGGCCACUGCCCCAUGCUCCACGACUACAGUUAUGUGCCGUCACCCAUGAGCCCAGCCAGCCCGGACACCACCUCCAACCCUCACACACCCUGCUCGAAGGACUCCCAUCGGCUGCUGUCCAGCGAGGACACGCGAUGUUCAACGCCAGACUUCACCUUUGAAGAGCGGACGGUACCACCGUGGGAGCGUCGCAGCUUCCCCUUGCCAGAGGAUCCAGUGCUGGAGCCUGAGCCCGAACACGUCAGGCCUAGAAUGCGCAGCAUCUCAGGUUGUCGAGCCACAGCCUAUGUACGUUUAGAUUCGGACGACAUGGAUCAGCCUUGUGAUGACGGCUCCAGUGAGAGCGGCUCCAAACAAAAGCCCUCCACCCACCGAUGAAUGACUGACAGGCUGACGUCACCUGGCUCCAAUCCUGCCCCACCCCACAAAUUUGCCCGCCCACUCACCCACAGCUCCUCUCUGGCAUUAACAAGCAGAACCUCAAAGCAGAAUAAAAUAUUAUGAUGGGUUCCUGUUGUUUGAUAUUCAAACAUCAGUCUAAUACUUUCACAGUUUUUAGUGAAUAUUAUGGAGAUAGAAGCCUUUCCCUACACUUGUUUUUGUCACAGGAAAAAAAGGAUAAAUGUUAAAAAAAAAUAAAACACAAAAAAACGUAUAAAACAACACGUUACAAAAAAUUAUUUCUGUAGUAGGCUAAACAAUGUACAUGGGGGCUUAGUGGUGUUUCAUAUGUCGCGUGUACACUUGUAGCGCACUAUGUAGCGGACUCCUCAAAAUAUGGCCAAAGGGUGUUUUCUAUUGACUAGUUUGCUUGUAAUUCCCAUGUACAUUUUUAGUGGAGUGACAAAUAACAAAACAAGAAAGAAAAAAAAACAACCCCACUUCCCUCCCCACCCUCAUCCAAAUAAACAGGUACAUUUGAGAUGUGGCCCCUUCUUCUCCCUCUAGAGGUCAUCUGAAAUCACCAGAGCACUUCUCCAACUACAAAGUCUAGUUUUGUUGGUUUGUUUUCUUUGUUUGUUUUUCAUUCCUGACAUGUUUUAUUUGUAUUUGUUCUGCCUGUUCCAGCAUAAUAACACAUUAUUUGUGUUUGAAUAGUAAAAUCAUUCCUUUACCGUCUCUUUGGAGAGUGUCCAGCUCCCUUCUCAACCCUCUGGCUCUUCUUCACUGUUCAUUUUAUUAGAGGGUGAUGGCAUACAGGACUGGGGUGUUUUUUGAGCACUUGCCCUACAGAAAGUGCUGCUGCAUGCUGGAAAUCAUGCUAAUGUUAAGUCUUAUCAUAAGAGCACACAGUUAAGGCGUAUUGUGGGGGGAAAAAAGGAAUUUAUCGCAGGGGAUUAUUUGUACCGUCUGUGAAUUCACUUCCUUUUCCUCGGUCAUUGCUGUAAUACAAAAGUCAAAUUGUGGCAAAAUAAAAACAUAAAAUAAAGCAGCACACCCUCCAUUGUUUCUGGUCCAGCUUGAACCCUGCAAACAUUUCAAAUGUAGCAGCUCUUAGCUCUAAGUCACCCCAAGCUCAGGUCCUUCAAAUUAAGGGAAAAUGUUCUGCUGUUAAAUAGCCCAACUAUCAGAUGAAUCAGAUCCAGACUACUCUGUUGCAGGGUAGAAUUUCAUAUUUUUUUUUUACCAUUCUGCAAUGUCCAUACAACCUCACUCUUACCCCUCCCCAACCCCAAUUGCUAUGCAAAAAAAAUCUAUGGUUGUUUCAUUUUUACACCUCUCUUUAUGCCACAGCCAUUCAAUCACUUUUGUUUUCUUUUGUAGUUAAGCGAGAUGUCGAUGUACCUGUUGGAUUGUUGCAGCAGUUAACCUAAUCAAAAAGCAGAAUUGUUUCUUCUUUUUUGUAAAUAGUACCAUUAAAACAUUUAUGUUUAA